AUGUGGCGCCUUCUGACAGUGGUGACUAGGAAACUCCAAAACACAAAGAAGAGUUCCAGGGUUGCUGAUGAGAACAUGUUUGAGGCUGCAAACGGGGUUGAACUUGCCAUGUUUCGACGUGAUAGAGGAAGAAGGGACCAUGGCUGGAGUGGAAUCUCUCUUAUCUAUGGCAUUCUUCAUGCCCCUAUAUCAAUUUUCUCAUGUAUGUCUCAUCCUCAAGCAAACGGGUCAGAUGGGGUUUGGGUGUCUGGUGAAUUUGUUCAGAUUUCUGAAAUGAAUCAUCUUAUGGUAAAUGAUAGCAUGAGAUAUGCAAUUUUGAUGUAG